UUAAAAGUCCGCAAUAUAUAAAAUUGUGUUUUUAAUGGACGCAUGGUACUAAUGAUUAAUUCCGGAUAUUUGGCUUGGUCAAUUACACAAACUGGUUUUAGAAUGCUCCAAAAAUAACAGUAAUCGCAACAAUCACAGUCAGAGCCACCUGUGGUGUCCAUUGCCGCUGCCGCCUUUUUCGCGCCAAGGUAAAACACGUGAACGGGCCGUUCCGACUGCUGAGUCACAUUUGAAAAGCAAAAAUUGAGCACCGUGCUCCACUUGAUUUGAAAGUGGGGUUUUAUUUUCUUUGCGGAAUUCUCCGGAGAGGAGCUAUCGUAUGCUUUUUCCCCAGCUGUUUCAUGCCGUCAAGCGCCAAACACAUUCUAACACUCGCACCGCGCGGACGCGAUCUGUAGUUCUCCGUGGCAGUGAAGUUAUCGCCCCAACGUGCGCAUCUCACGUAGUAGAUAAGAGCAAAUUCCCCAUUAUCGAGAUAAUGACGAGUGCCGAACAAUUACAAGGCUGUCUGGACGACGUCUGUGGUCUUCCUGAUCAGCGGAUUAGCUCCACCAGCUCCUCCUACGAGGGAUUCUACUUUGGCUUCUGUACGCUCGUCUCGCAUAUUCUGCUGGCGGGGAUCACGGGCGCCAUUGUCUACAAAUGCCUGGUUCUCAAGCUGGUACACACUGCCGGACAUGCCUUCUAUUGCACAAUCGCCUUUGUGUUCUUCAUGGGAGAGGCUCUUUUGGUCCGGAACAGCAAGUAUCUGGAAUCGUGGCUAGGGGCUCUAAAUCUUAAUCGUCUUCACGCCGCUCUCGGGCUGCUGGCCUUCCUCGUCGGCGUCGGAGGAAUUGCCAUCAAGACCCUGCAGAAGCUGGAACGCAAACGCGAAGACCCAAAUGCAACGGUUAGGCACUUCCGGAGUAACCACGGGUUUUAUGGCAUAAUCGGCUGCGGACUUCUGCUGGGCAGCGUAGUCACUGGGCUGCCGUUGUAUUUCAUCAAUGCGGGCUCCACCUUGAAGCUGAUCCAUCGGUUCUUCGGUUUGGCCGGAUUUCUCGCCCUGAUGGUUUCGCAAAUGUUUGGAUAUAACACCGGAUUUGGGCGAAGGCAAUGGAAGCCUCAGCACCAGAAACUUUUCAAGUUCUUCACGUUUAUUGCCACUGUGUUGACGGUCAACUACGAGCUCCGUCGAUUUGCCAGAGAUUUAAUUGGUUUGGCAACCAGCCAUGUGAUUGGACCAGAGACGGUCUCCACAAGGGAUGAUCUGUAAAAGGAAACUCUUUGAUUGAGUAGAGUUACUCUGGGAAAAUAUCAGAUCGAUAGACAAUAUUGGAUGUUAAUAUUCCACAAAUAAGUAUUGUAGGUUUAUCAAUUACCAAAUAAAAACUUGUCACUUCCGAAUAGGUGAAGGCACUCAACACGAAAACAAAACACAGUCUUAUCUAGUCCACAAAGGCUUUUCAAUGAAAUCCAUGUCAAUUUUACCAUUAUCUUGGGUAGAAAGUAAGCUUUCUUUUCCGAACGUACUUAAAACAUGAAGCAUUUUGACAUUCUUUUAGUUUUAUUGCAUUUAUUUAUAUAUUGAAUACAUUGAUAACAUAUUUUCGAUUAUUUGAAACAUAAAACACAUUUAAACAUUUCACUUUUUGUUUUUUGGUAGCGCGUUUUAUCAAUCACCAAGCGAAAAAGCACCUACUAGUACACUGUAAACUGAUUAAAAAAAUAC